GCAUUUAGGCAAAAAGCAUAAAUGUUUUCCCAGAAAUAAGAAAGCGCAAAAGGGAAAAGAAAAAAAGAGAAGGUUAUCCAAUCUGAUUUUUCAAUAAAUGUUCUUUCGACAGAAAUAAAUUGAUACGUAGUGAUUUUUGGUUGUCGGCUUCGCUGAGUCAAGGAACCGAGUCGAUUACUUAAGGCGAUCUCAAUCUCUGUUCUUCAUCAGUUGCUUGAGCCAUGGGGAAGAGGAAGUCGAAAUCAAAGCCGCCUCCAAAGAAGAGAAUGGACAAACUUGACACUGUCUUCAGCUGUCCUUUCUGCAGCCAUGGCACCAGCGUUGAAUGUCGCAUUGAUAUGAAAAACUUGAUUGGGGAGGCAACAUGCAGGAUUUGUCAAGAGAGCUUCAGCACCACUGUUACGGCACUGACAGAGCCUAUUGAUAUAUAUAGUGAAUGGAUUGACGAGUGUGAACGAGUCAACAACCUCGAAGACGAUGAUGGUUCUUAGGCUCUAGUGGCAGUCUGCUUAGUUGUGUAGACAGUAGCCUGCUGCCUUAAGUUUGAUGUCAGUUCUGGUGAUAUUUCUAUGUUUCAUCACUACUACAGUUGUACCAAAACUUACGAAAGCCUCUUGGUUCGAUAAAUAAGCUCCAUGUGACAGGUUUUCUAUGUUCAAAUCGAUGCAAUUACUGUCGUGUUUAUAUCC